CCCCCGGGCCCGUGUGAGUGGGUGUGUCGAAGCGGGCCAGUGGCUCCGCGUCUCUCCCUGAACCAGGGCCCGAGCAGCGGAGGAUUUCAGAGUGAACCCGCCUCCGAGCAGCAGACUAACCGCGGGAGGGGAAUGGCGGUCUGGACCCGAGCGGACAAAAACGGUCAACUGGACCUCCUGCUCCGGGACCGCUGGAUCCGAGUGUCCGCCGAGCUCACCCGGGAGACGCUGACUCUGACGGCCGAGGCGGAGGCGUCCGGACCGGGGGGGACCCACUGGGACAACUCCUCCGCGGGCCUGCGGAAUGGCAUCUCCAACGGAAACGACCCGGGGACGAGUCCGGGGAACUCCGGCCGCGGUCCGGACCAACUCCAGAGCCAGAACCCCGGGGGUCGGGGCCGCAGCUCCAGCCCCGGGCGAGGGGGUGUCAGCCGGGGUCAACACGACGGAAACUACAGCCCCGGAAAGUACCCGAACAACGGCACAAACUCUGACUUUGGAAGUCCCGGCUCCAGCUACGGCAGCCCCGGCUCCAGCUUCGGGUCGAGGCAGGGAGACUUCCCCGUGAGCCUGGACGGUUCCUCGGAGGCUGUGCGGAAGGUCCGGGUUGUCAAACAGGAGUCUGGCGGGCUGGGGAUCAGUAUCAAGGGGGGGCGAGAGAACCGGAUGCCUAUCCUCAUCUCCAAGAUCUUCCCGGGGCUGGCCGCCGACCAGAGCCGGGCUCUCCGGGUGGGGGACGCGAUCUUGUCGGUGAACGGGAACGACCUCCGGGAGGCGACGCACGACCUGGCGGUGCAGGCGCUGAAGAAGGCGGGGAAAGAGGUGACGCUGGAGGUGAAGUACAUCCGCGAGGUCUCUCCGCUCUUCAAGAAGCCGUCCUUGGUGGCCGACCUGCCGUGGGACGGCGUCCGGCCGCAGUCGCCCAGCUACAGCGGCAGCGAGGACUCGGGGUCGCCCAAACACAGCGGCUCCUCCUCGUCCAAAGACAGAAAGGUCAUCAGCCUGAGGAUGUGCUUCAUCAGCAGGAACCUCACGAUGCCAGAUCUGGAGAACAGACUCCUGGAGCUCCACUCCCCCGACGGCCAGCACACGGUGGUGCUGCGCUGCAAAGACGGCCCCUCCGCCAGCUCCUGGUUCACCGCCAUCCACACCAACAUCGCCGCCCUGCUGCCACAGACCCUGGCUCACAUCAACGCCUACCUGGGGGCCUCGUCCUCGACCUCCACACACCCCCACCUCAAACACAUCGGCUGGUUGGCUGAGCAGGUGCAGCUGGAGGGCGGACGGCAGCAGUACCGACCGCUGGUCAUGGCUCUGACGGAGAAGGACAUCCUGCUGUUUGAGUCGGUGCCGUGGAACAGAGAGUCUUGGUCCAUGCCUCUGCUCACACACCCACUGUUAGCCACCAGACUGGUCCACUCUGGCAGUGCACGGGAAUCUCCCGCCCAGGGGGCAGACCUGGUGUUCGCCACUCGGACGGGCACGGGCCGGGGCAUCGAGUCGCACAUCUUUCGAGUGGAGACCCACUGGGAUCUUUCUUCGUGGACGCGAGCGCUCGUGCAGGGAGCGCACGCCGCCGCCGAGCUCAUCAAAGAGGUCUCUAUCGGCUGCACGUUGAACCGGCAGGACGUUCGGCUGACGCUGCACUACGAGAAGGGCUUCACCGUGACGAGAGAGCCGGUCGACCCGUCGGGCGGCGCCGUGCUGUACAGAUACCCCUACGAGAAGCUUAAAAUGUCUGCUGACGAUGGAAUACGCAACCUUUACCUUGACUUCGGGGGUCCAGAGGGAGAAAUGGUGUUUGACCUCCACUCUGGUCCAAAGCCCGUGGUGUUCGUCCUCCACUCCUUCCUGUCGGCCAAGCUCACUCGCAUGGGCCUGCUGACGUGAAGCGACCGGCGACGGCAGCGUGGCUGAGAGGACGGGCCCAGGCAGAGCGAGGGGGGGGGGGCCCUGAGAUGCCCAGGAGAUGCUGAUAAAGAAGGGAGGGGGGGUGUUAACGUCUUAUAUUUUCCAGUUUCUCCAUUCACGGCUGCAGUUUGGCCUGAGGUGGCGCUGCAGGGAAGGUUCAACCCAGGAGUUGCGUUGUUGAUUGUCUCAAAAAAUGUGCCUUCUCCUCCAGCUUCUCCUUGACCUCCUGCGAGAACAGUAGGCGGCACUUUGCUGCAAGUCAGUUACAAUACACAAAGCUGCAGUAUUAAAAGUCUCAUAGGACUCAGAGUUUUAACUUGAUAAAUUCCAUCAACAUUAUUUUGUAAAAGAAGCACACGAGCAAAGAUGCUGUGACGUUAGAGACGCCGUCACCAGUGAAACUUCCAGCAAAGUGUUGCUCAGAAUAUUAAGGACGUUUUUUUCACACAACGAAAACACAGACAAGCACAGAUUGGUGAACGCUCCCUGUUUUCUACUCUAUGCCUAUCAUUCCUCGACAGCCUUCUAAUGUACUUUGGGCUCUUUUUAAUGUGUCUCUGUGGUGACGUGUGCGCGACGUUUUAGAGUCAGAAUGCAGUUAAAGGAGCAGAGAUUGUGUGUCUGUGUGUGUGUCUGUCUGUGUGUGUGUGUGUGUGUUGGCUUGAUAGUGUGCCUGCUGUCUGACAGACUCACCUUUUAGCACAUUAUCUCAAACUACUGUUGUAAUCAGGAUCGCCGACUGUGCCUUUCCACACGUAGUCAGAGACGCUCUGAUUUUCUUUUCCUUUUAUUUCUUACAAUAAGAGAAUUUGAAGCUUUUCAACAUGCACGAGCUGAAAGUUUUACUCUUAGAGUUUAUACAACAUGACUUUGUUUUUAUGUCAUCCGCGUAAAUCUCCCGAUAGCACGACUUCCCGACGUUGAAUCCGACGAGAGCGCGUGUCACCUCCAUCUCAUUCCACUUUCCUUCAGCUUACUCGUCUCUUCGUACCAUUUGACAGGACGGCUUCUCUGGCCGAGGACAGUUCAACAGGUUUUAUUUCAAGGUGACAGAGGUACCUGGCUUUUAAUAUUCUAAACGUUAUCAGCCAUUAUCGUCCAAAUAUAUACAAAGAUCGUGAGAAACGGGCCGAGAUGGAAACAAAAGAAAACCAAACUUUAGCAGGAAAUACGUUCUGCUGCUUGUAGACAGGGUACGUCAGAGAAAACAGAUUUAGUGCUGUAGUCAUAUUCUUAUUUCUGUUCACAUCUCUGAAAGAAAAGCAAAAAACACGUCAAACCUUCACAUAGGAUAACUCAAAGUUCCCUUUUCUGAGAUAAACCUGCUGCUUCAGUAUUAUUAUCAUGAGAAAUAAUUCAUUCCAUUCCAUUUUCUGCAUCAAGGGACCAAUUUGAUAAACGAAGCUCUGAGAUUUGAUUCUAUUUUAUAUGCGAGUCUGACAAGUUUGCGAAUAGAAGUAAAGGAAGCAAAGGAAAAGGAAGAGGUGUAACCGACAGAUAAAUUAUUUAAAAUGUGAACGUUAAUCAUGAAAACGUUUUGUGAGAGUAACAACAAAAGUAACAUUUAACAUCAUUAAAACUACGAGAGCUGAUUGUAAAAUGAUCGGUUUCUAGCCCACAUGAACGUACAGUGAGCAUUGAACCACUGCAACAGGAAAACUCUCCUGUCCUCAGAUGAGAAUCCUGUUUUGGACUCUGAUGUUCUUAUGAUGGUUUAACAACUUAUAUGUUUUUAUUAAAAUGUUUUGCUUGUUUUGAAAGCAAGAAAUGUGUAACCAUAUAGUUCAUAGAGCUAUAUUUAGCUCUUCCAGCCUACAGUUAAUCACUGGCUGCGUUACAAGAGAAGCAGAUUUACUUCUUAUAAAACACACACGUGCAGAAGGUUUGAGGGUUUGAGUUUUAUUUGGCCUGAAAUGAAGUUUUCUUACUGCAACAGUGAAGUGUUGUAUUCCAUCAUCCUACAUCCUUCUUUACUUCACUUUUCAUGUCAUAUUAAUCCUGUUUCUCACCCGCUGCAUAGAUCUGAUUGUCUGAAGUGAGUCAGACUUCAGGCCGUCCCCCUUUGAGCUUGAUGCACUAAUCAGUCGAAGCCCUUUUCUACCUGUGAAUGUAAACCUCCUCCUCCCAGUGACUCUUUUUUAUUCUCCUGCCUCUGUAUUCCUGACUUGGUGGCUAUCCUGUCUAUGCAAAGCAAAGCUUCAAAGAAGGGUUUUUCUGAACCAAAGGUUAAAAACAUUCUGUGGCAGCUUGCGUCCAACACAAUCAUUAAACGGAAAAGUCACAAUAGGAUAAAAUGCUGCUGCAACAACCUGUCAUAUGCAAAGUAUUUUAGACUUCCUUCCAAGUUACAGUAUAAAAUGUAUGAUAGCAAUGUAAUAACCUCAAGUGUAAAUAUCCACCAAUAAAACUGUUAUGAAUUAUA